AUACGGAAAGGAGAAGGCACAGAGAGGAGAACGAUAAGGCGGAGAAAGUCAAAGAAAACACUCUCUCUCUCUCUCUCUGUGUCUCUGUCGUUGUCUCUGUCUCCCUCUCUCUCUCUCUAGGCGACGGGGAUACUUGGUAGCUAGACGGGAACGAGAAGGCAGAGAGAGGAGAAGCAGAAGGGAGACAAAAGCUAGACGGGAACGAGAAGGCAGAGAGAGGAGAAGCAGAAGGGAGACAAAGUGUAAGAGGAGUUUCUCUCUCUCUCUCUCUCUCUCUCUCUCUAGGCGACGGCGAUACUUAGUCGCAAUAGGGGAACGAAGGGAGAGAAGCGUGAGAGGAGUGAGUACUGCACGUCUCCCCGUGUCCGCGCCACAAUAUAUUUGUAAAGCACUGGACCCCCUGGACUCUAACCAGUCCAGAUACAUCAAGAGCUAAAAAGUUCCCCUAUUGCCACUAAGAGGGGAACGAAGGGAGAGAAGUGGGAGAAGUAGAAGAAGAAGGAGAAGGAGAGGAAGAAGAAGAAGGAAAGGAAGAAGGGAGACAAAGGUCCUGAAGAAGACGACAAGGGGACGGAACGCUGACGGGGGCGAUUACAUAUCCACGCGCAAGAUUCAGACGAUCCCGAUCCGCAGAUUGAGAGAGCGUCGGCGCCGUCGUGGAGGUUAUCCUCUAAGAGGGGAGAGAAGGCGAGACGAGGAGGGGGAGGAGGAGGAGAGGGAGGAGGAGGAGGAGAGACGAGGAGAGUGAGGAGGAGAAGGAGAGAAGGAGAGAAGGAGAGAAGGAGAGAAGGAGAGAGGAAAAAUAGGAGCGAGAGCAAAAAGAGAAGGAACUAAGUGAGAGAAAGAGGAGGGAGGAGGUUGAUCUUCGACGACGGGCAAGAAGGAGAGAGAAGGAAGAAAGGUAGAAAAGGAUAUAGGAGGAGGAGGAGGAGGAGGAGGAGGAGGAGGGCCUUUUGUAUUUGAAGUAGCGGUGGGUAGAUCUAGUUGGCAGCAGCGGCAGCAGCAGCAGCAGCAGCAGCAGCAGCAGCAGCAGCAGCAGCAGCAGCAGCAGCAGAGAAAUGGACAGUUCGAUUAUGGAAAGCAUUGUGAGUAAUGCGGUGGGAUUAGAGAACACCGGCAAUUAUUGCUAUCAGAAUGCCGUUCUUCAGGCAUUGUUUUAUGUCCCAGCGAUCCGCGAUAGGGUCGUGGAACAGUGGGCUGCGUACACGGAUCAGAUCCCGGUGAGGAGUGUGUCGGCGGCGCUAAGGGCCAUCUUCCUGUCGCUGAGAGGACUCCGGAAUACGGGUUCGAGGGUGUGCAGACCUGACGCUCUGAGGCACUUCUUCGGAGAUCAAUUCGGGUACAGGCAACAAGAUGCUGAAGAGUUCUUCAAUGCAUUGAUUGAAAAGCAGGAGGCAGCAGAGGCGGAACGUCAGGGACUGGCCAAUGAGGCGGCAGCCCAAGCUCAGCGAAUUGCUGAGGCUGACGUGAUGGUUCGAGACAAGCGGAACGCCAUCAGCAUGGAAUCCUCGACUCAGAACGAGAGUCACUGGAAGACACUACUCCAAGGCAUGAUUUUUGAGCCUUCGGACGAACGGGCGGAAUCGACACCGGCGGAGGCAGAAAGGAGUAACCUGGCUGACCUGAUGCUGAACGUGAUGCGGGCGGUGAUGUGGAACAAUACGAUGUUAACUGUGCAGAUACACGAGGGCAGACGGCUGGGACAGACUCAGCAGAAAGAUGCUGCAGCCUUAACAACCGUUGUUCGCGCUGCCGCCACACAUCAGCAACAACAGCAACAGCUGUUGAACACCACCACCUCAUGCGCCAACAGCAUUGAGGCCAAGGCCUCAGCAGCGCCAGGCAACACGACAGACACGGCGAGGCAGCUCGGGGAGCGCAUCGACCAUGUCGUCACUAUUAUCGACGAACUAGGUGAUUUCACUAGUCUGGCCACGAUCAGCAGCACGGUGGCCGCCAUCAAGACCGACAUCACCAAACUGCAGACAAGACCGGACGCCGCUCCAAAUGGAUGAACCAUCCCGCGGCCAAUCAGAAAUG